AUAAAGUCUCUAAACUCUGCCUGGAGUUGGCUACUGAAUUUGAUAACAGUAAUGGAAAGGGGGCUCUGGUUCUUUUUUGGAGUCUUUUGGCUUGCUCACCUUUGAAGAUGUUGACAGGAUCCUGACAGCUGUGAAGCCAGACACCUGCUGCUUUGAUCCUUGUCCCUUAUGGCUGGUAGAGUCAUGCCAUGAAGUGGUCCUACAGCUUUUGUUUGGUAUAGGCUCAGAAGAUAUUGAGAGAAAAGAGGAAUUGGAAGAGUUGACGAACAAUCAAGUUACAAUUGUUGAAAGGAAAAAAGCGCUUUGUCAGAGUAAAACUUUUUAAAAGGGUUCCAAGAAAUGCUGCUUUGGAAAAUAGCAUUCAACACACAGCAGAUGUGCUGACCAGAAGAAUCCCUCAUUUGUAGCCCUUGGUAAAUCUAGUGCCUUAUAAAUAUGGGGUUUGGAAAUGAUCUGAAGUAUUCUCAUGAAGCUUUGCUAAAACUGCAAGAUUGGGAAUUGCGGCUACUGGAAAUGGUGAAGAAAUUUAUGGCCAUGAGAAUAAAAAGUGACAAGGAAUAUGCAUCCACUUUACAGAAUCUUUGCAAUCAAGUUGAUAAAGAGAGUACUUCACAACUGGAUUAUGUUAGUAAUAUAUCUAAGUCAUGGCUGCUCAUUGUACAGCAAACUGAACAGCUUAGCAAGAUCAUGAAGUUGCAUGCAGAAGACUUGAAUGCUGGGCCGUUACAUAGACUUACUAUGAUGAUCAGAGACAAGCAGCAAAUAAAGAAGAGUUACAUAGGUGUUCAUCAGCAGAUAGAGGCAGAGAUGUUCAAGGUAACAAAAACAGAAUUGGAAAAAUUAAAAUCGAAUUAUAGGCAAUUAGUUAAAGAAGUAAAUUCUGCCAAAGAGAAGUACAAGGAAGCUGUGUCUAAAGGAAAAGAGACUGAAAAAGCCAAAGAUCGCUAUGAUAAAGCCACUAUGAAACUCCACAUGUUGCACAAUCAAUAUGUGUUGGCACUAAAAGGAGCACAAUUGCACCAACAUCAGUAUUAUGACGCUACACUUCCUCUGUUCCUUGAUUCCUUACAGAAGAUGCAAGAAGAAAUGAUUAAAGCACUAAAAGGGAUUCUUGAUGAAUAUAGUCAGAUCACCAGUCUGGUAACAGAAGAAAUAGUGAAUGUACAUAAAGAGAUCCAGACUUCUGUUGAACAGAUAGACCCUGGUUCGGAAUACAAUGGCUUCGUAGAGGCUCAUAGGACACCAGAUGUUGUACUACAAGAAAUUGAGUUUGAUACAUCUUUAUUAGAAGAAAAUGAAAAUCUUCAAGCUAAUGAAAUCAUGUGGAAUAAUUUGACAGCUGAAAGUUUGCAAGGCAUGUUGAAAACUGUAGUAGAAGAACUGAUUCAGACGCAACAGAUGCUUCUAAACAAGGAAGAGCUUAUGUUGGAACUAGAAAAAAAGAUUGAAGAAUCUUCAAAAAUCUGUGAAAGGAAAUCGGAUGUUGUGCUUCUCCUCAGUCAGAAGCAGGCACUGGAAGAACUGAAGCAAACUGUUCAGCAAUUGAGAUGCACCGAAGUCAAGUUUGCUGCCCAGAAAGAACUUCUAGAACAAAAAGUUCAAGAAAAUGAUGGGAAAGAGCCCCCACCUGUUGUAAAUUAUGAGGAAGAUGCCAGAUCAGUAACUUCUAUGGAUAAGAAAGAUAAAGUUUCCAGGUUUGAUACGAUUCGGCACUCCAUUGCUGGAAUGAUAAGGUCUCCAAAAUCUAUGUUAGGCACUUCAUCGUUUUUUGAUGUAAUAUCAACCAGCGAAAAACCAUUGGCUGAGCAAGACUGGUAUCAUGGUGCAAUCCCAAGAAUAGAAUCUCAAGAGCUAUUAAAACAGCAAGGAGACUUCUUGGUACGAGAGAGCCAUGGGAAACCUGGUGAAUAUGUCCUUUCUGUAUUUUCAGACGGACAACGGAGACACUUCAUCAUACAGUUUGUUGAUAAUCAGUAUCGAUUUGAAGGAACUGGGUUUCCAACUAUUCCUCAGCUUAUAGAACACCAUUACCAAACAAAACAAGUAAUUACAAAGAAAUCAGGUGUGGUUCUGCUGAAUCCUGUUGCUAAGGAUAAGAAGUGGGUUCUCAGUCAUGAAGAUGUCACACUGGGAGAAUUACUGGGCAAAGGUAAUUUUGGUGAAGUGUACAAGGGAACACUAAAAGAUAAAACUCCUGUUGCUGUAAAAACGUGUAAAGAAGAUCUUCCUCAAGAAUUGAAAAUAAAGUUUUUAUCAGAGGCCAGAAUACUUAAACAGUACGACCAUCCAAACAUUGUAAAGCUUAUAGGAGUUUGCACUCAAAGGCAGCCUAUUUAUAUCGUUAUGGAGCUUGUUCCAGGAGGUGAUUUCCUCUCAUUUUUAAGAAAGAAGAAGGAUGAGCUCAAGACUAAACAGCUAGUGAAAUUUUCACUAGAUGUUGCUGCUGGUAUGGCAUAUCUUGAAUCCAAAAAUUGUAUCCAUAGGGACCUUGCUGCCAGGAACUGCCUAGUAGGCGAAAAUAACAUACUGAAAAUCAGUGACUUUGGAAUGUCUCGUCAAGAAGAUGAUGGAGUCUAUUCUUCUUCAGGCUUAAAACAGAUUCCCAUCAAAUGGACAGCUCCAGAGGCUUUGAACUAUGGGCGAUAUACUUCUGAAAGUGAUGUGUGGAGUUUUGGUAUCUUCCUUUGGGAGACUUUCAGUUUAGGUGUGUGCCCAUAUCCAGGGAUGACCAAUCAACAGGCACGGGAGCAAGUAGAAAAAGGCUAUCGAAUGUCAAUACCUCUGAAGUGCCCAGAUGAGAUCUAUAAAAUAAUGCACCGGUGCUGGAAUUACAACCCUGAACUUAGACCAAAAUUCUAUGACAUUUACAAAGAACUGGCUGCAAUCAAGAAGAGAGUGACAUAGUGAAAAACUAGCAGGACUCAAACUACAGGACUCUUCUCUUUUUCCAGAAAAGUAAUAUUUUGUCAUGAACACUAUGCAUUUAUAUCACAUUGCUUUCAGGGUUUUUUUCUGGAAUUUCUUCUAAAAGAAUGGUUUGUGCACAAAUUUUGCCAAGCUGCAAAACAUCAAACAUAUGUGGAAGAGAAAGAGAGGGCUUUGCCAAAUGCUAUGUAACCAAUCACAGUGAUAACUGUCUUUUAGGUUGUGUGUACUUGGGGGAAAAAGCACACACACACACACACAAGGAACUCUGACUCCUUUCUUUGACUGUGGUAAAUUCCUCACAAUUUUUUCCACCCUUUUUCUUGGCUUUCAGUUCAGUGCCAGGGUUUCAUACCAGUCAUUUUGUCAGCUGACUUAUGCACCAUUCCAUUCCUGUAAGUCUUAAAACUGAAGGCACAGUUUUUAAUAUUACCUCAAUUUUAAAAGAUUAUAUGAUGUAGUGCUCUGGGGGGAAAACAUCAGCUAAUGUAAUCUUGGAUUUGCUAGUUCUUGUUCUAAAAAACAAAAUAAGUUAAAGGUUUGUUUGUGGAACAGGGAGUGCAUUCUAAGUUUUUUGCAAAUAUUCCGAGAUUCAGUAAACAUUUCCAACACUGAACAUUAUUUUUUCUCUUCUUUAAAAAAACAGGAAAAAAGCCACAAUUCACCAGAAAUCAGCAUGCACAAAUUUAUUGUUUUAGUUAGCCUUUAUUUUAAAACACUGAAGCUGGAUCGUUUAUGAUGCAUAUUUGUCAGGAGAUACUGCAGAUGAUCUGUCUUUUCUGAAGGAUGAGCUGUAGCAGUAUACAGAUGUUUUUGAAUGUGCACAUUUAGAAGUGCUGUCAGCAAGAAACAUGUUUCAGAAUGAGAAUAACAUACAAUGAAGGUAACUAGUAGCAUUGAUUUUGGAUGGGAAAGGGAAAGUGAAAUACCAGAUUGGCCUUUGGAAGCUCUAUUGAUGUUCCUGUUCUGUGUGCUGCUGGAGCAAGGGGAAAGGGGAAAAUUAUAUUCCAUACACACUGCUCAAGGACAGAAAAUAUACUUCAGUAGCAAAAAGAAACUUCUGAUGAUACUGAAGCAAAGAAAUGUAAGUGCUGUCCACACUAAACAAAACAAUUGUUCUCUGAUUCCCUUGGGUUUAUUCAGUAGACACUUAGCAUACUCAUCAGUAUGUUUUCUGAUUUAAAAAAUCAUGAAUUGAUUAUAUCUGGGUUUUCCUGUAAUAAGAGCUUUUCUCAACUACUUUAUAAACUGAUUAUAUGGUCAACAAGUUGAUCACUACUAGUAUGAUGGUGUAAACAUAAAACAAUGUUUUGAAGCUUAAAUGACAUUUUGUACAGUAGGACCAAGAUCUUAAAUGUUACCUGUUUUGCUGACCCUUAUAGCCAUAGCAGAUUUGCUCUUUUACAUGUAUUUUUGUGGUAGUACAGAGUGGUAAUGUUGAGCAGGGUGUUUUCUACAUAUUGUCUAGAAAGGCUGAUGUUAUUGACAGGAUAAAAUUCAAUGUCAGAAUAAAAUGAUAAAGCAUUUGUAUUGAAGAAAA